CCUGCGCGAAUAAAGAUCAGAGCCUUCUCGAAGCCGCUGUCGCGUCGCUGUUCGCGGUGGGAUCCCUGAGAGAUUCAUCGGAGGAGGAGGAGGAAGGAGAAGAAGAUGUUCAAGAAGGCGCUCGAAGCUAAGACGCAGCAGCGGCUGUCCGGUGCCGACAAGAAGAAGCUGCGACGAGCCAUCAGAGACAAGUUCCCCAGAUGCUCCGACUCCGAUCUCGACGCUCUCCUCCCUCCUAAAGCAGAGAUGAUGGUUGCAAAGCUUCAAAACCGAGUGCAUGUGUACAGUGUGGAAGGUGAAUUUCCCAUGUUCUUUGACAUUGAUGGAAGAGGCUCAGAAAUAUUUCCCUCAGUCUAUUCUCUUUGGAGAGUCCCUGAAAUUGUACCUGCUUUCCUACUCAAGGGAGGUGAAGUUUCACGCUUUAUCAUUGGUGGAGCAGACUUGAUGUUUCCUGGAAUUAGUGUGCCUCCUGAGGGCCUGCCAUCAUUUGCUGCAGGGGAGAUAUGGGCAGUUAAAGUCCCUGGCAAUCCUGCGCCAAUAGCUGUGGGAACUACCACAAUGAGCAGUAGCGAAGCCUUGAAAGCUGGUUUACGUGGAAAGGCUUUGAGAAUAACCCAUCACUAUCGUGACCUACUUUGGGAGUCUGCCGAGGGCCGGUUUGCCCCAAAUGCUGGUUUCUUAGAGGAUGUGGUGUUUGAAGACCCUGCUUUCUUAUCAUCUCGCCAGGAAUCAACUGCUUGUGAAGGUCAAAGCGAGGUUUGUAAUGAUCAUGAGGACGGUGCUGAAGAUGAAGACGUGACUGAGUCUGUUGAUGAAAUGAAUUCCAAUUCUAUUCAGAUCAGAGAGAUGGAUGGUAGUAAUGAAAGGCUGGAUAAAUUAGUUGCAGACAUUGAUACUUUGACUGUUGCAGAUGAUGUUUCUGCUGAAGGAUCAAAUGUUGAAGACCGGCAUAAUUUCACAUCUGCGGAUGUAGAUGCACUUCUUGACAAAUGCCUUUUGCAAGCCCUGCAUACAACCAUCAAGGACAAAGACCUUCCUAUGCCUGGAAGCACAUUAUGGUCAAACCAUGUAUUGCCUUGUAGGCCUCAAGGUGUCACUCUUGAUAUCAAGAAGUCUUCAUACAAGAAAUUGUCAAAGUGGUUGCAGGCGAAAUCAACUGCCGGACUGGUUUCUGUAAAAGAAGAUAAAUAUAAGAAGGAAGUAGUAUUGUUAGGAGUUAAUCGAAAUCAUCCCGAUUACUCAGUAUUCAGACCGGAAAAACGUCCUGUGGAGAAAAGUGACCAAAUUGGUGAACAUGCUGCAAAGGAAAGUCAGUCAAAUAAAACUCUAAAUAUGGUGGAGGUCUACAAACCAAGUGUGCAUGUCAAUGCCAUUUUCACUUCUGCAGGAGCUGAUAGGGGAAAACUCUAUACUGCUUCAGAAGCAACUGAUAUUGUAUUUAGAUACGUUGAGCAAGAAAAUCUGGUUAAGCCAACAGACAAGUCCACUGUGGUGUUGGAUGCUAUACUAUGUGAUGCGCUGUUUAAAGGAGCCAUAAAGAAAGGAUCGGCAUACCCAACGGAAAUUCAUAAGAAGGACCUGGGAUCAACAUUCAUUAACCGCAUGCAACCACAUCACGUAGUUACCAGAGGAAGUGAUUCAGUUGUUCGUAAGGGUGCCUUGAAAGCUAUUCAGAUAAUGACAGAACGAAGGCAGGGUAACAAAAAGGUUACAAGACUAUCUGGUCUGGAAGCAUUUUUAGUGGAUCCAGAAGCAUUGGCAUCGGAGCUGCAGAAGAAAUUUGCCUGUAGCACAACAGUGGCUGAGCUACCAGGUAAAAAGGGGUACGAGGUUAUGGUCCAAGGUGGUGUGAUCGAUGACCUGGCGAGGUAUCUGAUCGAACAUUACGGAGUUCCAAAGAAGUACAUGGAGGUACUCGAUAAGACAAAGAAAUAAGGAGAGAAUUGGUCGGUCCAUCGCGGCGGUAUGCUUUACAUGUUGUUCCUUUAUAAAUAAUGUUUCCACGUGUAAUUCAUCUGCGAUAAGUUUUGAUAUGGAAGACAUGGAUUUGAACUAGAAGUAACCAGUCAUGCUUCCGGAGCA